AUGACCUGGCGCCUUUUCGUCCGGUUCCCAAGGUUUUUCCUGUCAAUCCUGCAAUGGCUGGGGGCUUUGCCCAAUGCCACCGGGGACUAUACACCGGACAACCUCGCAGCUGCCAUCCAAGACAGUUUGACCUGUUUUGAGAUGCCUAUGUUUGCGGUUGCUCAUUGGUACGCGUUCUCCUGGCACGAUUAUGCGGAUUCGAACAUUUCGGCCGCUCGCCUACCGGUGAAGUACGCUCUUCGUGAUGCGCUCGGGGCGAAAGAUCUGAUUGAAGACACAAAAAUCACUCUGCGCGGCGAAAAUUACGCAUACAGGCUUUUCGACUCGGGGGACCACAUCAUCCCUCAUGCGGAUUCAGAUUCGCGGGUGAGACGAGUGAUGCACGGCAUGAGGUACGAACGUGGUGGGAAGGCGAAAUACUGGCUCCCUCAGCCAGGUGAGGUGAAUAGUCGAACCCCCUUGCUUGGGGGCUCCGAAGGUAGCAGUAGCAGUCGACGCGGCAGCACUCUCGACCGGUAUCGCUCGCACAGUGCGUCCGAGGAGAGUACCUUGGAUGAUGCUGACGAGAAGCUCUUCUCCCAAGCCCGGGAGCUCGAGUUCGGCGACUUCAACUAUCCGGUUAUCACUGCCAAUCUUGUUCCCAAGGACCAACGACUGGCCAGCCCCGCUCCCUCGCGCUCGAGUACGCAACCAGCAUUGGUGAAGAGGGCGAGGAAAAGCAGAAAGUCUCAUGCAUCAAGCAGCGGACAUAGAACUAGCGAGAGCCGUGCCUCGAGGAGUUCACGGCCAGAACGCUCUGAAAACUCAAAACCUCAACGAAAGGGUACCGACUCGCCAAAAUCACAAGGCUCUCACCGCAGUCAGUUAGUGGAUCUUGUCGUAGAAGAUCGAGAGGCAGAAGAGGAGGAGCGGGGACACAUUCAACGAGCAUUUGGCUCAGUGGCGGUCGAGGACGAGCCCAAGCACUUUCAAAGACCGUCCGGUGAUCCAGUUGAUGAACGGGCGACCAACGAUGCAGGAGGAAACACCGAAAUCUCAAACAAGCAGGCUAAGCUGCAAGAACUGGAUGAUCAAGAUGCGAGUCCCAAAACACCUGCGUGGGACUACAGAGAUCUGGACGACGACAAUGUCUGGAGUAGAUAG